GAUGGGAUUGCAUGGAAAUGUGCAUGCACACAGACAUACACUCAUGCACACGCAGCCCAGGCGUGCGCGCCUCCUUGCACACGCAGCCCUUGACUGGCACGCACCAGCAGAGUGGGCACCGCGCAGGGUGCGGACGCCCCUGGAAUGUAAACCAACCAGGAUUGCAGUGGAAGUGCCCAGGCUGCUGGUGGUGUUGGUGGUGGAGGAUCGGAGGGAAGAGUGCAACUUAUAGCCAGCUCUUUCUGCACUCCCUGCUCACAGCUGUCUACACAAUGCCGCUCGGGAAAGGCUGGAAGAAAAAGGUGGAGGACAUUUCCAGUGUCUACGACAUCAAAGAGAAGCUAGGCGCAGGAGCCUUUUCAGAGGUGGUUCUGGCUCAGGAGCAUGGAUCCCAACGGCUUGUAGCCCUCAAAUGCAUUCCCAAGAAAGCCCUGAGAGGCAAGGAAGCAGCUGUGGAAAAUGAAAUUGCUGUGCUUAAAAAGAUUCAGCAUGAGAACAUUGUGGCUCUGGAGGACAUUUAUGAGAGCCCCACUCACCUGUACCUGGCCAUGCAACUUGUGACAGGAGGUGAACUCUUUGACCGCAUCAUUGAGCGGGGCUACUAUACAGAAAAGGAUGCUAGCCAGCUCAUCCGACAGGUAUUGGAGGCUGUGAACUACCUGCAUGACCUGGGCAUCGUUCAUCGGGAUCUCAAGCCUGAAAACCUCCUUUAUGCUACUCCAUUUGAGGAUGCCAAGAUCAUGAUUACAGAUUUUGGGCUGUCCAAGAUUGAGGCUGAUGGGAUCAUGUCCACAGCUUGUGGUACACCUGGUUAUGUGGCCCCUGAGAUCUUGGAGCAGAAGCCAUAUGGAAAAGCCGUGGAUUCCUGGGCGCUUGGAGUCAUCUCCUACAUUCUGCUUUGUGGUUACCCACCCUUCUAUGAUGAGAAUGACUCUGAACUCUUCAACCAGAUCCUGAAAGCUGAAUAUGAGUUUGAUUCUCCAUAUUGGGAUGACAUCUCUGAUUCAGCCAAGGAUUUUAUCAAAAACCUUCUAGAACGUGAUCCAGAGAAGCGAUUCACCUGUGAACAAGCUCUACAGCAUCCAUGGAUCUCUGGGGAUACAGCACUGGAAAAAGACAUUCAUGGCUCUGUUUGUGAGCAGAUCCAAAAGAACUUUGCUCGCAGCCAGUGGAAGAGAGCAAUCAAUGCCACGUCCUUCUUGCGCCACAUCACCAAGAUGGGACCUGGCGCAGAGGGUGAGGAAAUUGGAGAGGCCACGUCCGGGGGACAGCAUGGAAAAUGGUGACCAGAGAGGUGUCCGAAGAGCCUGGGCCGCUGCCCUUUGCAUGAGCUACCCUCCUGCAUGCGGCUUCACAGCCACGACGCUGCGCCAGCACCCUCGCCCAAGGGUUGGGGGCUGUCCUUUCAUUUCCUGCUCCCCCAUCUGGGGAUAUCUCUGCCCUGAGGGGCCCAGGAGUUUUACAAAAGUCAAGUUCAACCACUGUUCCAGCCAGCCCUUAGGAGCGUUCAAAGUCACCCUGCCUGGGACCAAAAUCCAAUCCCCUGUGAGGCUGGUGGACCCAUCACAAUCCCACUGCGUUAACUCACCUCACAUCCAUCUGUGUCUGUCACAGAGACCAGUAAUGUGUUGCAGGAUUGGGAGAUGUGGUGGUGGUGAUGUGGAAGUUAAAAAACAUCCCCUCCCUGCUCCAGUUUCUAUGGGUAAUUCCAAAAUGAUUUUAAGACUACAUUUCUCUUUCUUUGAGAUUCACAAAAUGGUAGCUAGAAUAUGGAGAAGAGGCAGUGGAGCGGAAGGAUCUCAGACUAGCAAGACCAUUGUGUGGGAACAGUGGAACUGAGAAUAGUAAGAAGGCAGCCAACAGCCAAAAGUAGGUCUUGAAGAGUCCCAAAAUCUGAAAUAGCUAGUGACAACCAGGUGAGGGUGAGGGUCCAGUUGACCAGGGAUUUUGGAGACUUCAGGAUUGUGUUUCAGAAAGGCUUCACCAAACUUCCCACAUGUUGAGACAGAUGCAGCAUUUGAUGAGUGGGGGACGUGGUUUUAUAGCCCUAUUCCCACUCUCCAACUUGGUCUAGAAGGCUGGGUGUGUAUGAGGUUCUUCAGUAUGAUCCAAGGAAACAUCUAAUGUGGGAAGCACUUAUUGGCCUGUAUGUACAAUACCUCAAUUUCUUCUUCUAUCCACCACAGCCAUUUGAUGCGGAAGCCAUUUAAAAAUGUGUGAGAGAUUCCUGUGUUUCUGGGUUUUUGCAUUUUUUUAAAAAAAAAUUUGUAUAGGUAAAAUAGGGAGAGCCAGAGUGACGUAGAGAUUUGAGCACUGGACUAGGGCAGCCAUGGAAACCUCCUGGGUGACUUUGGGAAAUUUACACUCUCUCAGCCUCAGAGGAAUACAAUGGCAAGCCUGAACA